AUGGCGCCCCUCUCAGCAACCACGAUCCCACUUCUGGCCCUCUCCCUUGGCUCCACCACCGCCUUCGUUGCUCCAAUCGGCCGCGGAGCCUCGUGGUCCCUUGCCAACCCUCAGCGCGCCGUCAGGUCGUCCACGUCCGCCGCAGCCACGCGCCACAACACUCUCCGCCGGUCGUCGGCAAUGCCGGCCACGUCUUCUCUCCGCAUGGUGAGCAAGGUCGCGGAGCAGAAGGCGGCCAAGCUCCGAGAGACCGCGGCCGCCUUCCGCGCGGAAGCUGCCGAGCUGGAGGAGAAGCAGGCGCGAGAGCGACGCGAGAACGCCCUGCGAUCGUUCAACACCUUCGAUUCCAACAAGGACGGAUCGGUGGACAUCGCCGAGCUCAAGGCAGGACUCGAAAGCCCGCUGCGUCGGAGCUUCACGAAGACGCUGCAGGCUCGCAUGGGGCGCAAGCCGUCGAAAGAAGAAGUGGACGAACGCAUCGCCGGCCUCCCGGGAGGUACCCUCUUCCCCGACGAACUCGCACUCAAGCUCAUCCAGACCUACGACCAGAACGGGGACGGCCUGCUGCAGCAGUCAGAGUUCGCCCCCACGGAGGAGCUCAGGACGAGGCUCGAGAACCUCUUGAGCCAGCAGCGGGAGGACGAGCGCCUGGCGCGCCUGGAGGAGCGCCAGCGCCAGAUGGACGACAAGAUGAGGCCGGACACAGGGGCGGUGGUGGUAUCUCCCGGCGAUGUCAACGACGGCCCGGCCACUACCGCCGACAAGGCGCUGUCCGCGCUGCCGUACCUGCUUCCGCUAGUUGAUGGCAUCUUGUUCGCCGCCCACCUGUUCGGCGCGUUCCCGGAGCAGACGGCGUGGGCGCAGCCGCUGGCCGCCGUGCUGCUGGCGCUGCGGUCGUUGCCGUUCGCGACUCUGAUCGGGUUCUUCAGCCUGUCCAUCGGCUCCAGCAACCCGCGGGUCAACAAGCUCGUGAGGUUCAACAUGCAGCAGGCCAUCAACCUGGACAUCGCUCUGAUCUUGCCGGGGGUAGUGGGUGCGAUCACGGGGGGGAUGUUGGGGGCCGAUGCUGUCAAGCUGGCGCCUUUGUCGAACGCGGGGUCGGACGUGGUGUUUGUGGCGUUGUUGGCGGCCGUGGCGUACUCCGUGGGCACGUCGGCGACGGGUCGUUCCCGAACAAGCUUCCGUUGUUGGGGCGUUUGA